AUGUCUGAUGCAGAAGGCACAAAAAAAUCUGGCUAUCGUCUGGAAUACGCGCCCAGUGCCCGUGGAAAGUGCAAGGGUCCCAAGCCAUGCGCAGGCACUUCCAUCGGAAAGGGCGAACUAAAGAUGGGUUCUUUGGUCGACUUCAGGGGAAACACGUCUUUUACGUGGCGACACUGGGGUUGUGUCACUCCCAAGAUUAUCGAGAACAUGAAGAAGUCGUUCGACGAAGCAGACGAUCUGGACGGUUUUGACGAUCUAAAGGACGAAGAUCAAGAGAAGGUACGCAAGGCCUGGGAGGAAGGCCACGUCGCGGACGAAGACAUUCCCGAGACCGCGAGGAAACUGGCUAGUGAGGACGGAGAGGACGAGGACGAUGACGAGGAGGGGAAGCCGAAGAAGAAGCCUGCUGCAAAGAGCUCCAAGAAGAAGGAUGAUGGAGGCGAGCCCAAGAAGGCCACCUUCAAAUUUGAGUACGCAUCGUCCGGCCGCUCCAAGUGCAAAGAUUGUGGUGAAAACGUCGGAAAGAAUUUCUUCAGAAUCGGCAACGAAGUCGCGUUCCGCGGUAAUCCCUCAUACGCGUGGCACCACUGGGGUUGCACCCCGUCCAAGAUGAUCGCCUCGAUGAAGGCGUCCUACAGCGAACCUUCCGAGAUCGAAGGCUGGUCAGACCUCAAGGAGGCUGAACAGGAGAAGGUGCGCCGUGCGUGGGACGAGGGCGCGAUCCCCGACGAGGACAAGGGCGUCGGGGAGGCGGUUGACACCGGUAAGAAGGCGCCGACGCGGAGAAAGAAGAAGGAGGAGAACGGGGACGAGACGGAGAAGGCUGAGAAGCCCAAGCGGUCGCGUGCGAAGAAGGCCAAGGCUGAGGAGGAGGUUGAAGAGGAAGAGGAGGAGGAAGAGGAGGAGGAAGAGGAGGAGCGGAAGCCUAGGAAAAAGGCUGCCGCGAAGCCUGCGGCCGAGAAGAAGGGCAAGGCCCCAGCCAAGAAGCGUGCGCCCAAGAAAAAGGCCGCCAGCGACGAGGAUGAAGGUGAGGACUUUGGGGACGAGAUCGCUGCCAUCCCUGAUGAGGAGGACGAAGAGGAGGGGGAGGAGGAGCAGUCGAGCAAGAAGCGCAAACGUGCUCCUACCUCGAAGGCCUCCUCAUCUAAGCCGCCGUCGAAGCGUGCCAAACCUUCCUCCACUCGUAACAAGAAGAAGCAGCAGGAGGACAUCCCGGAGGAAUCGGAGCUCGAGGAUGAUUAG